AUGGCGUUGCUUACGAUAAAUUCACUGCUAAAUUUCUUCGGAGAAGAGAAAUCAAUACAAAGAGGAGAAAAUCACUACAAGUCAAGCCACAUAGAGAAGUUUUAUUAUCACGAGGGAAUUAUUCGGGGUGAAGUUCAAGCCAGCAUGAAGAAAAAAGUCUACAAAGUCACGGUGUAUCUGAAUCAAGAUUUUGAAAUAAAAUCCACAGAAUGCGAGUGUCCUCGAGGGGAAUUUAAAUGCAGCCAUGCUGCCGCCAUUUUCAUCCAUGGUAUCCACAACUUGAGCAGAACCGAUAUCGAAUGCCGGUGGAAGAAGAGAAAAGCUGCAGAGAUACGCUGCAAAAAUAUGACAUGGGUUGGCAAAAACAGGAAAAGGUGCAUAACUCAUCAACCGGUCAAGCUGCAGUCAUGGGUUUAA